UCGGCUCGCGUCGCCCGCGCAGCCCGCCUCCGCCGCCGCCGCCGCUGCGGGCAGACCCAGCGCUCCGGCCCGACCCGCUCGGCUCCGCUCGGGUGCACGCCGCGGCCAUGCAGCGCCGGGGCGCCCUGUUCGGCAUGCCGGGCGGCAGCGGCAGCAGGAAGAUGGCUGCAGGAGACAUCGGCGAGCUGCUGGUGCCUCACAUGCCCACGAUCCGCGUGCCCAGGUCGGGGGACAGGGUGUACAAGAACGAGUGCGCCUUCUCGUACGACUCCCCCAACUCUGAAGGUGGACUCUAUGUAUGCAUGAAUACAUUUUUGGCCUUUGGAAGGGAACAUGUUGAAAGACAUUUUCGAAAAACCGGACAGAGUGUAUACAUGCACCUGAAAAGACACGUGCGAGAGAAGGUAAGAGGGGCAUCUGGUGGAGCGUUACCAAAAAGGAGGAAUUCCAAGAUUUUUUUAGAUCUAGAUACUGAUGACGAUUUAAAUAGCGACGAUUAUGAAUAUGAAGACGAAGCCAAACUUGUUAUAUUCCCAGACCACUAUGAAAUAGCACUACCAAAUAUUGAGGAGUUACCAGCCCUGGUAACAAUUGCUUGUGAUGCGGUUCUCAGCUCAAAAUCUCCAUAUAGAAAGCAGGACCCAGACACAUGGGAAAAUGAAUUGCCAGUAUCCAAAUAUGCCAAUAAUCUUACCCAGUUGGACAAUGGAGUCAGGAUUCCUCCAAGUGGUUGGAAGUGUGCCAGGUGUGACCUGCGGGAAAACCUCUGGUUGAAUCUGACCGAUGGCUCCGUGCUGUGUGGGAAGUGGUUCUUUGACAGCUCUGGAGGCAACGGCCAUGCAUUGGAGCAUUACAGAGACAUGGGCUAUCCUCUGGCUGUGAAGCUGGGAACCAUUACUCCUGAUGGGGCAGAUGUUUAUUCUUUUCAAGAAGAGGAACCCGUUUUGGAUCCUCAUUUGGCCAAGCACUUAGCACAUUUUGGAAUCGAUAUGCUUCAUAUGCAUGGGACGGAGAACGGGCUUCGGGACAAUGACAUCAAGCCGCGGGUCAGCGAGUGGGAAGUGAUCCAGGAGACCGGGACAAAGCUGAAGCCCAUGUAUGGCCCCGGGUACACGGGUCUCAAGAACCUGGGCAACAGCUGCUACCUGAGUUCUGUCAUGCAGGCCAUCUUCAGCAUCCCAGAAUUCCAGAGAGCGUAUGUAGGAAAUCUUCCAAGAAUAUUUGACUACUCUCCUUUAGAUCCAACACAGGACUUCAACACACAGAUGACUAAGUUAGGACAUGGCCUUCUCUCGGGCCAGUAUUCAAAACCUCCAGUGAAAUCUGAGCUCAUUGAACAGGUGAUGAAGGAGGAACACAAGCCUCAACAGAAUGGGAUCUCUCCACGCAUGUUUAAGGCCUUUGUAAGCAAGAGCCACCCGGAAUUCUCCUCUAACCGACAGCAGGAUGCCCAGGAGUUUUUCUUGCACCUGGUGAAUCUAGUAGAGAGGAACCGCAUUGGCUCAGAAAACCCAAGUGAUGUUUUUCGGUUUUUGGUGGAAGAACGCAUCCAGUGCUGUCAGACACGAAAAGUCCGCUACACGGAGAGGGUGGAUUACCUGAUGCAGUUACCUGUGGCCAUGGAGGCAGCAACGAACAAGGAUGAACUGAUUGCCUAUGAGUUAACGAGAAGGGAAGCAGAAGCAAACAGAAGACCCCUUCCCGAGUUGGUUCGCGCCAAGAUACCAUUUAGUGCCUGCCUUCAGGCCUUUUCUGAACCGGAAAACGUAGAUGAUUUCUGGAGCAGCGCCCUACAAGCAAAAUCUGCGGGUGUGAAAACAUCUCGCUUUGCCUCAUUCCCUGAAUACUUGGUAGUGCAGAUAAAGAAGUUCACUUUUGGUCUUGACUGGGUUCCCAAAAAAUUUGAUGUUUCUAUUGAUAUGCCAGACCUACUUGAUAUCAAUCAUCUCCGAGCCAGGGGGUUACAGCCAGGAGAAGAGGAACUUCCGGACAUCAGCCCCCCUAUAGUCAUUCCUGAUGACUCAAAAGAUCGCCUGAUGAACCAACUGAUAGACCCCUCGGACAUUGAUGAGUCAUCAGUGAUGCAGCUGGCUGAGAUGGGCUUCCCUCUAGAAGCAUGUCGGAAGGCUGUGUACUUUACUGGAAAUAUGGGAGCCGAAGUGGCCUUCAACUGGAUCAUUGUUCACAUGGAAGAGCCAGAUUUUGCCGAACCACUGACCAUGCCUGGUUAUGGAGGAGCAGCUUCUGCUGGAGCCUCUGUUUUUGGUGCUACCGGAUUGGAUAACCAGCCUCCAGAGGAAAUUGUCGCUAUCAUUACCUCCAUGGGAUUCCAUCGAAAUCAGGCUGUUCAGGCGCUGCGAGCCACAAAUAAUAACCUGGAAAGAGCACUGGAUUGGAUCUUUAGUCACCCUGAGUUUGAGGAGGACAGUGACUUUGUGAUCGAGAUGGAGAAUAACGCCAAUGCAAACAUUAUUUCUGAGGCCAAGCCUGAAGGACCUAGAGUCAAAGAUGGAUCUGGAAUGUAUGAAUUAUUUGCAUUCAUCAGUCACAUGGGAACAUCUACAAUGAGUGGCCAUUAUGUUUGCCAUAUUAAAAAGGAAGGAAGGUGGGUGAUCUACAAUGACCACAGAGUGUGUGCCUCAGAAAGGCCCCCCAAGGACCUGGGCUACAUGUACUUUUACCACAGGGUGCCACGCUGAGCCUCAGAUGCGUCAGUCAGCGAGAGGAAGCCACACGCCUUUUUAAUUUGCCAAAAAAAAAAAAAAAAAAAAAAGCAAGCAGAAGUUGGGACAACCAGACAUGAAGGAAUACAUGGGGUAUUUAUAGUUUAUUUAAAGAACAUCAUUUGACGCUUUCUGAAAUAGAACUGGGAAGAAAUUUCUAUUAGUGAUGAUACACUACUGUAGAUAGUUUUUCUUUUUAUAAAUGUUCAAGGAGAGGAUGAUUUAAAAAAAAAAAAAAAGUAUUUAUAUUGCUGGUGGGGGAUCUGCCACUGUCACACCAAAAAAUGGGAAGUGCCGCCAGCCCUCUAUUAUGAUUUGGGGGCCAGUGGUGUGGCCUCACCUGCCCCCCCCCCAGUAAAUGAAAAGCCCAUUUUUGUUUCAUAUCGAAAAUCAGUAAUGGGGAUGGGCUUUAUUUGUGACACAAUUUUUUCAUUAUACACAAUUUCUGACCUAUCCAUGUAUAGAAGAUUAGAGCAUCUGCAGUGAAAGGUAUUUUUAAUUUAAUCAUAUCGAAAAUCAUAACGUGAUUGUGUGAGUGUGUGAGGGUGAGACCGUUGUUGUCAACCAGGAAAUCUGUGCCGGGCUGGUUUUUAAAGGUUAAAGCAGUUGGUAUUAAGGAUAGCUGGGAAAAGCGAGUAACUAUUUUAAAGAAACUAUAACUCAGGAACAGUUUUAAAAAUUGGCUCCCUGCUUAGAUUUUCAGGCGUAAAAA